AUAACUCCACGGGCUUGCGGACACGGAGCAGGAGUCCCGGCAAACAUGCCAGCACACAAAACCUAACAGCGUAGGAGCAGAGCCGCUGACUCGCGUCGCUGUCCCGCGUUUGUAUAGUUGAACAACUUUGUCCCUGGACAUUCCAGAAACAGUUGCCAAACGAGCAAAGUGAAAUGUCGCAAGCCUCGGGGUCUUUCGUGGCAAACGGCAAGGAGAAUGAUAAAGCUUCCGAGGCCAGUGAGAGAGCGGAAGCCACGAACACAUUGACAGCAACGGGGGCAGCAGGCAGCUCUGACUCGGCAGCGACCCGGACCCGGGCGCAGGUCACGCCGUUCAAGCGAGUCCGCGACGACGGCGGGGCCGCCGCUAUGGAGCUGGAUCCCGCAUUCGACUCGGCGGCGGGAGAGGCAGCCGGGUCAGCGGCGGGGGUGGCGCCCUCACAGGACGGCGCGCAGGGGCUGGAGGCUGCGCAGCAUGGAGAGCUGGGGCGGGCAGCGGCUGUUGACACAGAGCAGCGGCAUGAGCAGCAGGCGGCUGGCGGGGCCGAACAGCAGCCGCAGCCGCAGGUCGCGAUGGAGGAGGAACAGCCGCCGCCGCCCCAGCAGCAGGCAGACCUAGAAGCGCAGGCGGCGGCGGAAGCAGCGGCGGCGGCACAGGCGGCGGCGGAAGCAGAAGCGGCGGCGGCGGCGCAGCAGGCGGCGGUGCUUGCAGGCAAUAUGCCGUUCGGCCAGUUCGCGGGCCGGCCGCUCACACACGUCCCCGUCAGCUACGUGUCCUGGAUGUGCCAACAGGAAGGCAUAUUCGUAAACCCGCCUGUGGGCGAGGCGUUGCGGCAACGCAUGCUGGACCUCAACCUCAUCCAGCCCGCGCCGCCGGGCGCCGCCGCCCCCGUCACGGGUCGCGCCUACCUCUCGCAGUUCCAGCCCGUGUGGCGCGUGGCACCCGCGACGCCGGAGGACCAGCAGGCGGCGCAGGCGGCGGUCAUGGCGUUCGGCAUGCACGCCGGCCUGCGGGUCAGGCACAUCCCCGCCAACUACAUCCGCUGGAUGUGUGACGUGGCGCCGGGCUUCUGGAACCUGGACCAGCCGUACAAGCGCACGCUGCUCCGACAGCUGGAGGUGUUGGGGCGCGUGGAAUGGACGGCGGGCGGGCAGGUGGUGUUGGCGGCGGGGGAGCUGGCGGCGCUGCAGGCGGCGAACGUGGGGCAGCUGUGGCAGGACAUGGACGACGAGGACUGGGACAACAACCACAUGGGCUUGGUGGUGGGCGGCGCCGGCGGGCCGUUGCAGCUCGCUGACGAGGACGGCGUGAACGAUGAAGGGGAUGGGGAGGAGGGAGAUGGGGACGAGGAGGAGGAGAUGUGAGGGCAGCUGGUUCGGCUGGGCAGCCGCCUUUCACAGGCAAGGAACUGCGGGAGGCCAGCCGAAUCAUAACGUGGCUGGCAAGGCAGGACCCUGCGCGCGAUUGAUUGACUAAACGUUCCGAUGCGUCACGGACUGGCAGCCACUGGCACGGCGCCCUUGGACUGCUGCAGGUGGCUACGGCUGCGGUCACAAUGCAUGUGCUUACAUCCAACAUGCGUACUGCACUGGGUGGUCGCUCGGGGCUCUUGCGGCGCUGAGUGCCAACGCGUCCUGUCUACGCAAUGUGCUAUGCUUUGGACGCUACCGUAACAGCGGCCGCGCUGAACAGCAAGUCAGCAAGACAGCAACUAUGUACCUUUUUAUGCACGCAGGGUGCGGUAGCACAGAUAGAGGUUGAGUAGUUAGCACCGAGGCGUUGGGAAAUGGCGCUGGUCCCUAGGAAGUGAAGCAUGUGGGGCGGUGAGGCGAUGGGGGCGACUGGCUUCCAUCAGACAGAACUAGCGCGCGUGGUGAGGAGGAGUUGUGGCUUUGUGUGCUCACCUGGCUGUCAUUGCAAUCAAUGAUUACUGGACGCGGGACAGGAAGUAUGGUAAGACCGUGCAUAUAUGGCAUGUGUACAAUCGGUUAGGGGUCAGGAGUCACGGUCAGGGGUGUUGUCAGGGGUGGUGAGGUGUUGGGGUGUGAUGGAGGUGCGGCGUUGAGGCGUGAGUGGAGGGUCAAGACAUGCGGCAUUUCGUGCGGCUAGAGGUUCUGGAAGCGCAGGCCAGGACUCACUGAAUGGCUGUCGGGGUUGGUAUGGUGCGCGGGGUAAGAGGCGGGGCGCAGUCGGCGGCCUGGUCCCGAGCUGUCGCCGGACGGUGUUUUGCAAAACGGCCCAUCGCAGCGGGCAUACGCCUUCACU